UAUACCACUUUUCACUAAUCACCAAUUAGUAAUCAGCAUUGGUGAUACUAGUAUUACUAGUAGUAUUAGUAAUACUGGUGAUGCUGGUAAUACUGGUGGUACUAGUGACACUAGUGAUGGUAGUA